AUGCCCAACCCAGGAGACCAGCACCAGCACAUCUCCAACCCCUUCCAAAACAUACAACCCCAGCAGGGCUUCGGCGACAUGAAUCAACAAAACCUGCAACAGCAACCCGCACAGCGGCUGUCCGAGUAUACCGCCCAGGAGAUUGCUACCCUCCAAAGCCGUCUCGAGAAACAGCUCGGCCCCGAGUAUCUGUCCGCACGCUCCGGUCCCUCUGGUCAGAAAGUCCACUACAUCGCCGCUGAGAAAGUCAUUACGCUCGCCAACGAGGUCUUUGGCUUCAACGGCUGGUCGUCGUCGAUUCAGAACAUCCAAGUCGAUUUCGUUGACGAACACCCGCAAACAUUAAAGAUCUCUGUCGGGCUGUCUGUCAUUGUCCGGGUGACGCUUCGCGAUGGCACGUAUCACGAAGACAUUGGCUACGGCCACAUUGAGAACUGCAAAGGCAAAGCCGCCGCUUUCGAAAAGGCCAAGAAGGAGGGCACCACGGACGCUCUCAAGCGUGCCCUGCGUAGUUUCGGUAACGUCCUGGGCAACUGCAUCUACGACAAGAAGUAUGUGGAGCGUGUGUCCAAGAUGAAGGCCGUGCCCGUGAACAAGCGCACGUUUGCCGAGCAGGGCCUUCACCGGCAUGCCGACUACGUCGUCAAGUCGGAAGACGAUACGACCACGGCCGUCGCGACGGCUGUGCCGACAGCGGCAGCGCGGCUUCCGCAAGCGGUCGCGGCAAGCGUCAAAACCGAAACGUCUGUUCUAGCGGACACGUCCGAAUUUGCGGCAGACAUGUUUGACGAUGACUUGCUCGGCGACUUUGAUGAGGCCGACUUUUGUGUAACCGACGAAGGCCACCCCGAUGAGUUUGUCGUCCGCGAAUCCUCUGUGCCCGCACUUCCCCCGCCUCAGCAGAGCGUGGGCUCGAGGAACACGAGUCCACUGCGACAGGUCGUCCCACAGCAGAACGGCAACUACAACAACCAGCAGAGACCAGCCAGGCCGGGCGUGCCUCCAGGGGCUCCGCAAACGCCGACACCAAUGAACGCCAGGCCCAUCGGGAACGGCAGUGGCAACGGGUUUGGGCAAAGACCUUACCAGCCUGGUGCGAACCACCAGCAGACCAACGGGCCGCAGCAGCAAGGCCAAAGGCCACAGGGCUUCGGCAGCAACGGCAGCAAUCAUAACGGGAGCAGCAAUAACAACAACAACAACAGCAACAACAACAGCAACAACAACAACAACAACAACAACAACAGCAACAACAACAACAACAACAACAACAACAACGUCAAACCAACACCACUUUCAACUGUGAAUAGUAGCGGCGGCAAUGGUAACAAUGGUGCUGCCGGCGGUGCAGGCGAGGUCGAACCCACCCCCUGGUUGUCGGCCCGUGCUGUCGCCAAGGUCGGCGGUGGGGAUCCCCUCCCCGCGGUGGUCCCGAAGAUUCAGGGUGAACACCUAUUCGACCCCAAGGCCGAAAGUCCCUCGAUCCGCAAAACGCCUGGGUUCGACCACAAUUCGUCCAAGCCGAUCCCACGCCUCAACCGCCCAAGUGGCAGCAUCGCGCUGCCGCCAUCAGCCAACGCGGCAUCAAAUGUCGCGUCAGCCUCUACCAGUUCUCCUGCUGCCGCGUCCAACAUGCCAUCCGGUGCGCCUGCCAUUGGUGGCAUGACCACCCGGAGCGGUGUACAUCACCCGGGAAUGGAGCCGAUCCGGCGCAUCGGAGCACCGCCUAGCACAGCGAGCCCCCUCGCGAACCGGAACCAAUUCCGGCCUCCACCCAUGAAACGUGGCCCGCCAACAGACUCUACCACCGGCGCGUCCCGACCGCCUCUUGCGGAUGUGCCAAGCAAUGUGCCGGUGAACGGAGGGACUAUAGUAGCUGCGGGUUCUGCUGGUGCAGCAAGCGUGGACGCCAAGCGACAGAAGCUUGCAUAG